AUGCUCGUGAGCGAUAUAGAUACUGAACAGUGUACUUCAGACUGCUGGCAACUCAAUUGGAAGACAUCGACUUGUGCGUCGGGCAGUGUAUGUCCGUAUACUGUGUCGGUGUGGGCAAAGAGUACACAGUUUGCUUGUGUAGUGUCACAAUGUGCAGGCCAGACCAAUAACUUCUAUUGCGAUUAUUAUCCUUAUGGUGGAUACUCUGGUCAACAACCAUACUCUGUUGCCAAGGGAGUGUCAACACCAACACAACAGACACCAGUACCACCGACACAACAGCCAAGAGCAUCAAAUACACCAAGUCGUGGACAAGGCGGUAGCAUUGAUUGGUCCAGUAUGAUGACACCUGUACGUGAUCAAGGCAAUUGUGGAUCAUGCUUUGCAUUCACAGCUUUGGCCAACUUGGAGGCAAUGGCUGUCAUUCAAAAGGGCUACGACAAGAACUCGCUGGAUCUCUCAGAGCAGUACUGUGUCAACUGUAUAUCCAAUGGAUGUGUUGGUGGAUGGUUCGCUACAGUGUGGCAGCAACUACAAUCAUCAGGCGUGCCCAUGGGUAGCUCGAUGCCCUAUCAAGCAUAUGUUCAACAAUGCUCCAAACCACAAGGUACCUACUUCAAAUGGAGUGGAUACAACUUGUUACCAGAUACCAAUGUACAGACUAUUAUCAACGCACUACAAAAAGGACCUAUAUCAAUUGGUAUGUGGACCGAUGGCAAUCUCAAGGCAUACCGCGGAGGAGUCUACUCCUGUCCACAAGUGAACAGAGUACAGAAUCAUGCCAUACUAUUAGUAGGAUAUAAUGCUGAUGGAAACUAUUGGAUCAUCAAGAAUAGUUGGGGACCUGGCUGGGGAGAGAAUGGAUACUUUAGACUGACCAAUAGUAAUGACAAUUGCUUCAUCAGAGGAUUCGUUGGAGGUUAUCCAGUACUCUAA